UAGGUAGCUCAUACUAUAGGACCAGAAAAUUAAAGUGAUUGAGUGUGGAGUCAUGGAUAUUUUUCCAUAUUUCUCAUCCAUUUUUGCCCUUGCCGCUCUGUUGCUGGUCGGCCUUUCAUGGCGAGGGCGAAGAAAGAGCAGCAGAUCGGCGCCGGAGGCCGGUGGUGCUUGGCCAAUCGUCGGCCACCUUCACCUCCUACGAGCUCCUGUUCCCCUGGUUAAGACUCUGAGCGCGUUGGCCGAUAAAUACGGGCCGGUGUUCAUCAUCCGCCUCGGCAUGCCACGCGCCUUGGUGGUUAGCAGUUGGGAAGCCGUCAAGGAUUGUUUCAGCAUCAACGACAAGCUCUUGGCUACAAGGCCAACUACCUGUGCAGGCAAAUACCUUGGGUAUGAUUAUGCAGUAUUUAGUUUCUCAACUUAUAAUUCAUACUGGCGGAAGAUAAGAAAGUUAACCGUGGUGGAACUGCUGUCGAGUAGAAGAUUGGAGAAAUUAAAACAUGUUUGGGUGACAGAGCUGGAGGCUAACAUCAAAGAACUCUACAUUAAUCAUCCCUCCAAUAAAAAUAAACUAAACAUGAGCCAAUGGUUUGAGCAUUUAACCUUAAACUUGAUAGUUAAGGUAGUGGCAGGAAGGAGGUACGAGUACAGGAGUGAUGGAGUGGUAGACGAAGAGGCAGAAUGUCUGAAAAAGGUGUUCAAAGAGGUUAUGUACUUGUGGGGAGAAGUUGUUUCAGGGGAUGCAAUUUUUCCACUUUGGUUGUUUAGGUGGUUGGACUAUGAAGGCCAUGUCAAGUCCAUGAAGAGAGUUGCAAAGGCCUUGGAUGCCAUUUUGCAAGAUUGGGUUGAUGCUAGGAAGAGGGAGAAUAGGAAUAAUAAUGAAGAUCAAGGGUUUAUCGAUGUUAUGCUCUCGAUGAUUGACGAUCAGUUUAUGGAAGGUCAAGCUUAUACGCGUGACACAAUUAUCAAGGCAACAGUGUUGAGUAUGUUACAAGAUGGUAGUGAAACGUUUUCUGUCCACUUCGCAUGGGUCCUAUCUUCGUUGAUGAAAAAUAGAGAAGCACUAGAGCGCGUUCAAGAAGAGAUAGAAGCCCAUGUCGGCAGUGAAAGGUGGGUCGAAGAUUCUGACAUUAAAAACUUACCAUACCUCCAAGCUGUAGUCAAAGAAACAUUACGAAUAUACCCACCAGCACCUUUCUUAGUACCACACGAAGCCGUGGAAGAUUGUACCAUAGAGGGCUACCACAUUCCAAAGGGCACACAGUUGUAUGUGAACGUGUGGAAGCUACACCGCGAUCCUCAAAUCUGGCCGGACCCCGAAAAGUUCUUACCAGAAAGGUUCCUGACAAACGCAGAAGGCAUCGGUAAUCGACAGUUUCAAUAUAUUCCAUUUGGUUUUGGGCGACGAUCAUGUCCCGGGAUGUUAUAUGCAACACAGAUAACACAUCUUGCAGUUGCUCGUCUGGUUCAAGGCUUCGAUUUCAACACACCUUCAAAUGAGGCAUUGGAUAUGAGUGAAGGAAUAGGCAUUACAAUGCCAAGAGCAAAGCCAUUGGAAGUAGUCAUUACGCCUCGCUUGCCAUCUGCUCUCUAUGGAUAGAUCAUAUAUUCCUGUUACUUAAUGAUGUAUUAUAUUUUAUUUUACUUGUUAUGGGGUAAUAAUUUAGGUUUAAUUUUCAACAAUAAUCGUUUGAUAGUUGUGUUAUUAUGGAGUUGAAGUCUUUGUCCUAGAUUUUAAGUGGCCUUUGUAAGAAUAACAUUACUUAUCCUGUUAUUGAAACAUGCAAUAUUUUCUCAUG